AAACAACUACAACAACAACUUACUUUAUACGCAACUAAAUGAACAAAAAAAAAAACCAUACUUAAAUUUUUAAUGCAAAACUACGAGAAGCAAGCGCCACGCCAACCAUUUUAAAUAAGCAAGUACUCCAGCACACCUUCUGCUCUUAAUAAAAACAAAACAAAACAAAAAACAACACCCCGAAUUUUCCAAACUUCCAAAUAUAAAACAAAAAACCAAAAAUAUAAAGCCAACAAAAACCACAGCACCACCAUGAGUGAUUCAAGAAUGGACAAAUUGGCCAGAAUGGCGCCUCUGCCCCGCACACCACUGCUGACCAUCUGGCUGGCCAUCAACAUGGCGCUGAUCGCACAGGAAACGGGACACAAACGGAUCCACACGGUGCAGGCGGCAACUGGCGGUGGCAGCAUGCUGGGUGACGUAAACAUAUCCGCUAUACUCGACUCCUUUAGUGUUAGCUACGACAAAAGAGUAAGACCCAAUUAUGGUGGACCUCCUGUCGAAGUCGGAGUCACCAUGUAUGUGCUAUCGAUCAGCUCGCUCUCAGAAGUGAAAAUGGACUUCACAUUGGAUUUUUACUUUCGUCAAUUUUGGACCGAUCCUCGUUUAGCGUAUAGAAAACGACCUGGUGUAGAGACACUGUCGGUUGGAUCAGAGUUCAUUAAGAAUAUUUGGGUACCUGACACCUUUUUUGUAAAUGAAAAACAAUCAUAUUUUCACAUUGCAACAACCAGUAAUGAAUUCAUACGUGUGCAUCAUUCUGGAUCGAUAACAAGAAGUAUUAGAUUGACUAUCACCGCAUCGUGUCCGAUGAACCUGCAAUAUUUCCCAAUGGACCGGCAGCUGUGCCACAUUGAAAUAGAAAGCUUCGGUUACACGAUGCGAGAUAUCCGAUAUUUCUGGAGAGAUGGACUGAGUAGUGUUGGCAUGAGCAGUGAGGUCGAACUUCCGCAGUUCCGUGUCUUGGGACACAGGCAGAGGGCGACCGAAAUAAACCUAACCACAGGAAACUAUUCGCGUUUAGCCUGCGAAAUUCAGUUCGUGCGCUCGAUGGGCUACUACCUUAUACAAAUCUACAUACCCUCUGGACUGAUCGUUAUUAUAUCAUGGGUAUCAUUUUGGCUCAAUCGCAAUGCAACGCCGGCGCGUGUGGCGCUCGGUGUGACAACCGUGUUGACAAUGACCACUUUGAUGUCGUCAACAAAUGCAGCGCUGCCAAAGAUUUCGUACGUCAAAUCGAUUGACGUCUAUCUGGGAACAUGCUUCGUUAUGGUCUUUGCCAGUCUACUGGAAUACGCCACCGUCGGCUACAUGGCAAAACGAAUUCAAAUGCGAAAACAAAGAUUUAUGGCGAUCCAAAAGAUAGCCGAGCAGAAAAAGCAACAGCUCGACGGGGCCCAGCAGCAGGCCAAUCCAAAUCCGAACGCAUCCAUGGGGAUGGGUGGAGGAGGCGGUGGUGGCGUUAACGCCGGUGGAGGCGGCGUCGGUGGUGGCGUCGGUGUCGGCGUUGGCGUUAACGUCGGCAUGGGCAUGGGUCCUGAGCAUGGGCAUGGGCAUGGUCACCAUGCCCACAGCCAUGGUCAUCCGCAUGCGCCCAAACAAACAGUGAGUAACCGCCCAAUCGGCUUUUCCAAUAUCCAACAAAACGUUGGUACGCGCGGUUGCUCGAUAGUGGGACCCUUGUUCCAGGAGGUGAGAUUCAAGGUCCAUGACCCGAAGGCCCACUCCAAGGGCGGGACCCUGGAGAAUACGGUGAACGGUGGUCGAGGUGGCCCCCAAUCCCACGGACCCGGACCAGCGCCCGGAGGUGGACCUGGCGGCGGCGGUGGUGGUGGUGGCGGUGGAGGUGGCGGACCGCCAGAUGGCGGUGGCGAUCCCGAAGCAGCGGUCCCAGCCCACUUAUUGCAUCCCGGCAAAGUAAAAAAGGUAAAGGACAUCAACAAACUGCUGGGCAUCACGCCCUCGGAUAUUGACAAGUACUCGCGCAUUGUGUUUCCGGUGUGCUUCGUCUGCUUCAACCUGAUGUACUGGAUCAUCUACCUGCAUGUGAGCGACGUGGUCGCCGAUGAUCUGGUGCUGCUCGGCGAGGAGUAAAGAGUGCAGCGUCGUCGUCGAACUAUUCGCGUCGAGGAUGGUGGUCCAGGAUCGCCAUCAAAUCGCCAGGAACAGGAGUGAACAGCGCACGAGAGAGUCAAACUGUGCAAGGCGCUGAAAAACCACACAAAAAAAGAAGGAAAACCAAAAAAAAAAAAAAAACAAAUGCAGAAACAAAACAAAAAACCAAAAAAUAAAGAAGCGGAAACAAAACUAAUUUUAACUAGCGAUACGAGUAUGAGGAGGCGACAGAAGACAACAAGUUAUUGUUUAAUACUAAUGGAAAAAAAAGGACACACACACACAUAUUACAAGGUCGAAAGCAAAGAAUAUUGUUAAAUAGAUUUACACACAAAAAGAGAAAACAUAAGGAAAACAUUAGCAUUAACAUGGAAAAAAUGAAUAUAAAUGAAUGAAGAAUAAUCAAAAGCAACAGAUUAGCAAAUUGUAGUGAAAAUUAUAUAACGAAAGGUAUAAGCGAAUAUGUUGAAAAGGAUUUAAAACAAAAACAAAACAAA